UUCACCACCACCGACCAACGCCGAGUGACUCUACAGUAGCAGUACUAGGGUAGUGCACACACUCUCCUCCCCGUCCCACCUCCCGAAACCCCGAUAUCCGGCAAUGUCGCUCCACCAGCGACCGCACCAGAAGCCGCCAGCCGCCGAGGAUUCCAUCCCCGUCUCCUCCCUCUCCUCCUCCGCCGGCGCAGGCUCCUCCCGCCCGCUCCCCUUCCUCACGCUCCCCUACCUCUUCUCCCUCCUCGCGCUCCUCCUCUUCGCCGCCCUCCUCCUCCCCUGGGGCCCCGCCGCGCGCGCCCCCGCCUCCCCGUGGCGCGCCUACACGCUCCAGGAGGCUGCGGCCUUCGCCGCCGCCGCAGGAAACGGCACCGUUCUCCUCGCCGCUGUCUCUGGGCCUUACCUCCCCUUCCUCUCCAACUGGCUCAUCAGUGUCCGCCGCGCCGGCCGCGCCGACCAGGUGCUCGUCAUCGCCGAGGACUACGAGACCCUCGACCGCAUCUACGCCGCCUGGCCCGGCCACGCCGUCCUCGUGCCCCCCGCGCCCGAUGCCCAGGCCGCCCACAAGUUCGGAUCCCAGGGGUUCUUCAACUUCACCUCGCGCCGGCCGCGGCACCUGCUGCAGAUUCUUGAGCUCGGGUACAGCGUCAUGUACAACGACGUGGACAUGGUGUGGCUCGCCGACCCGUUCCCGUACCUCGUCGGGGACCAUGAUGUGUACUUCAUGGACGAUAUGACUCCUGUGAAACCACUCGAUCACUCACAUGAGCUCCCACCGCCGGGGAAGAAAGGGCGGACAUAUAUUUGUAGCUGCAUGAUCUUCCUCCGGCCGACGGAAGGUGCCAAGCUGCUGCUAAGGAAGUGGAUCGAGGAGCUCAAGGAGCAACCGUGGUCGAAGCAGAGGAAGUCGAAUGAUCAGCCAGCUUUCAACUGGGCUUUGAACAAGACUGCUGGGCAGGUUGAUGUGUACCUGCUACCUCAGUCUGCAUUUCCAACUGGUGGCCUAUAUUUCAAGAAUAAAACAUGGGUCAAGGAGACGAAGGGCAAGCAUGUCAUUAUACAUAAUAACUACAUCACAGGGUUUGAAAAGAAGAUAAAACGUUUCCGUGAUCAUGGGCUGUGGUUGGUAGAUGAACACAGCGAUGAGUCACCAGUUGGUAGAAUAUGUGGAAAGCAAGAAGCGCAGAAGAUCGACAAUGAUACAGAAGAACUCAUUGCAUUCAUGAAGAAGCGCUACGAGGAAAAAGUGCGCCCUGCAGAAAAUUUCGAGGACUUCUACCAUAGUAUUUACGAGCUCAUCGAAAUGUUUUGUGAGGAACGUGGGCAGUUGCAGUACAGGAUACCGUCAAAAGAAGUUCUCUUGGAACAGUACAAGAAGGCUCACAAACAGAAGGACGGCAAGAACCUGACCCAGGAUGAGUUCCAGGCGAUCGCCAAGGCGGUCGUGAAGGUGGACAGCUUCACCUUCGGCGGGGCCUACAUCAAAAUACUCGCCGUCCUCUUCGGCCUGCCAGCGUGCGCGGUCGUCACGAAGCGGUUCAUCCCGGGCCUCAGGUCCAUAUCCGACGACAUCGUCAUCCCGGCGGCCACCUCCGGCGCCGUCGUCUUCCUCGCCAAGACGAACAAGCUGUGACCGGCAAAAUUAAACGAGUUGCCGUGUACUUCCGGCCCACGGAAGCAACAGGGCGAUACAUGUCUAGUAAUAAUUGUCAUGUGUUGUGACCCGCUUGAUUACAUCCAGAAUUAUAAAUAAAAGGGUGUCGAAACUCAAAA